AUGGCAGGCAGCUCCUCUCCUUGGAUCGGCAGCGCUUAUCUCUUCCUCCAGUCGACGUGCAAGGCCAUCGCUCUGCCAUCUCUCUAUGAAAGCUCCCAGAAGAAACCUAGUGUGUUCAAGGCACUGAAGCUGGCGUUAGCAGACUCCACCGGCAGCAUGAAUGGUGUGGACAUGCUCAAAGUGCACUGCAGCUCCCCACACCUGAUAGUCCAGCUCAAGUUCUGCAAGCAGGAGAACUGCCGCCGGUUCCUGCAGAGUUACCGGGAAGGAGCGCUCCAGGAGUCCCUCCAGAAUCACCUCCAGAUCUCCUUGGCCAUGACCAAGGUACCUCUUGAAAUGGAGCUGAAGGCUGGCAGCGAGCACCUCGACGACAUGCUGAAGGAUGAGGAUCGCUGCCUGGAGUGCAUCUACAGAGAAAAGCCUGACCGCCUGCGGGAUGAGGAGAUCACCGAGCUGGAGGAAUGCCUCAAGAGCCUGGUUGUUAACCAGAGCAUCAACAACAAUAAGGCUGUAAAAGACUGCACGUCUCCGAACUCCCCAUCUCUUCCUUGUCCUUCUCAAAGCAGCUGCCUUUCCCCGCAAGUCACCUUCAUCUUUCAGGGACAAGAGUUUGCCAACAGAACGCUCACACCAGAUGACCACCAGAAAUUUGCCAAGCUUGUGUCCAAGAAAUGGAAGCAAGUGGCUCGCUCUUUGCAGAAGACCUGCCGGGCCUUGCGGGAUCCUGUCAUUGAUAACCUGGCCCUCGAAUAUGACCGAGAGGGACUAUAUGAACAAGCCUAUCAGAUGCUCCUCAGGUUUAUCCAGUCAGAGGGCAAGAAGGCCACAAUAGCACGGCUCAUCCCAGCCCUGGAAGAAAAUGGCCUUGUCAGCUUGGCUGAGGAGCUGCUGGGCCUCCAUUCGAACGAGGACUGCUCCUAG